AGCUUACCGCCUCAGCACACAGCGGAACACUGACGGACGCUGAAGAGCAAAGAAGAGGAGAGAGGCGGAAAAAAAAGCUGUGAAAUGCUGUAAAAGCCGAGCCCGGGGACCAAGGCGCAGGGACGACACAGGGGGACUGUUCUUUCAAAGCAUAAUUAUUAUUAAACUCAGCAAACUCCCGCUUUUUGAUGCUGUCCACACGGAGGUCUGAGCCAAUAACGGACUUAUCGGUCGGUUGAACCAUGCAGAGGCUGCUGCUCCUGAGUUUGCUGUUGAGUUUUCAAACUGUGUGGACAGCGAGGUUCUCUCAGGAGCCGGCAGACCAGUCGGUGGUGCGGGGCCAGAGGGUGCUCCUGUCCUGUGUUGUCUUCAACUACUCGGGCAUUGUUCAGUGGACCAAAGAUGGCCUGGCUCUGGGCAUCGGAGAGGACCUGCGGGCCUGGCCCAGGUACCGCGUGCUGCGCGUGCAGGAGUUGGGCCAGUACAACCUGGAGAUCUUGUCUGCUGAUCUGUCUGAUGACUCCCUGUACGAGUGCCAGGCCCCCGAUGCCGCCCUGAGGUCCAGGAGGGCCAAACUUACCGUGCUCAUCCCCCCAGACAACCCAGUUAUCGAUGGGGGUCCGGAGGUGUUGCUGAAUGCGGGGGAGUCCUACAACCUGAGCUGCGUGUCCCGAGGGGCCAAACCCCCUUCUAUGAUCGAGUGGCUUAAAGACGGUCUACCUGUGGAUGGGGCUGCCAGCACCACUGAGGUGCUUCCGGACAGGAAGAGGGUGACCACGCAUAGCUACCUGCCCAUCCAGCCCGUCGACUCCGACACCGGGAGGAACUACAGCUGUGUGGCCACCAACCUGGCUGUUCCCACGGGAAAAAGCACAACGGUCACCCUCAACGUUCAUCAUUCCCCGACAGUGACCUUGUCCAUCGAGCCUCGCUCUGUCCUGGAGGGGGACAGAGUCACCUUCACCUGCCAGGCUCACGCCAACCCUCCUAUUAUGGGCUACAGUUGGGCCAAGGGCGGCGUGGUGCUACAGGGCGCCAGGGAGAGCGUGUUCACCACCAAGGCCGACCACUCCUUCUUCACCGAGCCUGUCUCAUGUCUGGUUUUCAACGCUGUGGGAAAGACCAACGUCAGCAUCCUGGUAGACGUUCACUUCGGUCCAAUUCUGUUGGUGGAGCCGCAGCCAAAAACAGUAGACGUUGACUCUGAUGUCACCCUAAACUGCAAAUGGGCUGGGAACCCUCCUCUCACACUUACCUGGUUCAAAAAGGGUUCGAACAUGGUUCUGAGUAACAGCAACCAGCUGUAUCUGAAGUCAGUGAGCCAGGCGGAUGCCGGCCAGUAUGUGUGUAAGGCCAUCGUCCCGCGGAUAGGAGUAGGAGAGACGGAGGUCACACUCACCGUCAACGGUCCCCCCAUCAUCUCCAGUGAUGCCGUCCAGUAUGCUGUGAAAGGAGAGAGAGGAGAGGUCAAAUGCUACAUAGCCAGCACACCACCUCCAGAUAAGAUUGUCUGGGCGUGGAAGGAGAACGUGUGGGAGAAGGAGAAGGGGACGCUGCUGGAGAGGUACACGGUGGAGCAGAGCAAAUCGUCUGCCGAGGGGGGCGGCGUCCUCUCCACCCUCACCAUCAACAACGUGAUGGAGUCAGACUUCCUGUCCAACUACAACUGCACGGCCUGGAACUCGUUCGGCCCGGGCACCAUGAUCAUCACAUUGGAGGAGACGGAGGAAGUCCCGGUGGGGAUCAUAGCUGGUGGGACGGUGGGCUCUACCAUCCUGCUGUUCAUCUUUCUGCUGGUCCUCGUUUUGAUCUUCUACCGGCAGCGCAAAGGCAGUCGGCGCGGGGUCACGCUGGGUAAGCCCGACAUCAAGGUGGAGACGAUAAACAAGGAGACCCACAGCUUAGAGGAGGACUCCGGCAGCGUGUCCACGGCUUCGCGCAUGGUCAAGGCCAUGUACUCGUUUCUCCCCUCUGUGUCCUUCUCUCCUUCCAAUCAGCCCUUUAAAGAUGACAUAGAGCUCAAGUCUGACCUCCGCAGCGACACCCUGGACACCCGCCAGGAGUAUGACCUGAAGGACCCCACCAAUGGCUACUACAACGUGCGAGCCUCCACCCACGAUGAAGGGCGCCCUGCCUCCCGCUCCACCUUGCACUAUUCCGACUACCGCUCCCCCGCGGGGACACCGGGGGGGGCGGCAUCUAUCAGCAGCAGUGCCGGGGGCUCAGGAGCCACGGCCAGCGGAGGAGCCCCGGGUCCCCCAGGCCCCCUCACCUCUCCGGGCCGCCCGCAGGCUUGCUAUGACCCCCGCCCCCCCUCCAGACUGUCCCACAUCAGCUACGCCCAGUUCAACACCUUCACCCGCGCAGGCCAGAGCCAGCAGCAGCAGCAGCAGCAGCAGCCGCCACCUAACCCCUCAGUGGCCAGCGACUUCCCGGGAGACUGCAGCCUCCUGGACUCCACCUCCCAGCUGGCCUACGACAACUACGGAUACCCCUCGCACUACCAGACCUACCGCAUGGGCUUCGCCCCGUCCAGCCUGGCCACGCUGGAGGCCUGCCCAUCCUAUGAGAUGUACGGGUUGGGAUCCGGGGUGGGACCAGGGGUGGGACCAGGGGUGGGACCAGGGGUGGGACCAGGGGUGGGACCCGUAGUGGGACCCGGGGUGGGCCCCGGCUUGGGGGGCCCGGGGGUCGCCGUGGGUCCCGGAGGUCCCGCUCCCUCAGGAUCAGAGACUGGACUAGGGAAGUACGGCAGCUCCACUCGCUUCUCCUACACCUCGCAACACUCUGACUACUCCCACAGCCGACACACACAGAGGAUGCAGACUCAUGUGUGAGGCGGAGGGACGCAGAAGACCCUCACAGUCCAAGCGGAGCAUGAGGAAGCAUCUUAUAAAUAGAGUCACAUGCAGAAACACACACGAUCCUAGAUUCACACGCACACAUGUGCACACACCAACGCAGACACAUACUGCAAAAACAUCACACGCAGAUACACCCAUGCACAGAGCCCGAAGACCCGUGCCCACGAGACACAGAUAAACAAGAGACUAGCGGUAAAGAAGGAGCUUUAGUGAGACAGGGAUGGGAAAUUCCACACAAUUUUGAAUUCCCUCACUCCCGAUGUGUUUGUAUAUGCUCUGAAAGAGCGGUCGGCGAAAGUCACAAUCAAGACUGGGACAGAACGCAAGAAGCAGAGGGGACGAGCGUACGCAGAUCUUUUGCUAUGAACUGACUUUGUAAAUGAUGAACGAGGAAGAACUGACUGACUGUCAAAUAGGUUAAAAGCUGAUCCAGUGGAAGUCAUUUCUGGCCAUCAUCUUUUUUUUUCUCCCCCCGCUGGUUAUCUUAAUCAAUCCUCGUAGAGCACAUGUAUAAUAUCCCAGAAUGCCCUUCUGUACAGUGGUACGUGCCAUUACACCUGUUGGGCGAGUGUGUUGUGGCUCGGAUGGGGGUUGGAUGGCGUUGUCAUCGGUUUGCACUGCAUCUACAGUAUUCAUGCUUAGACGUCCCUUAUCUAUAUCUGUGUAAUGUCUUCUUUUCAUUUGCACACCAGACUAAAGCUUUGUAUUCUAUUUUUUAACAUUACAGAAUUAUUUUUGUCAGUGUAAAACAUGUAAUGUGUAUGUACGGACCAAACGUUUGAACGUGAGGCUGCUUAACCCGGUCGUCUGCCUGGGUGCGUUUUGUCAACAGCAGAGCCUGAAUUUUAGGCAGGUUAUAUCGGUGCAUAUAAGAAACCUAGUGCCAAGUGUUCAUAUUGUUUCUUCACCUUAGACCAUGUAUAUGCAGUAGAUGCUCCUUCUAUUGGUGACUGUUGCUUUCCAAAGCAGGCUUGCGGCCUUGACUCAUUCCCAGACAUUUUUCGUAGGCUGGUGUUCUUUUUUCUUUUGAGCUCCCAACUACAAGUGUGUUGCAGAGACAGAGAGAAAAAUACGGAUGUUGGAUUUAGAACUGAGUGGCCUUACAGGGGAUCAUGUCGCACAUUUCCAUUUUGAAUCAUUCCUCAUCGUCUGUCUGCCAAAAAAACAACAAAAAAAACGGCCGGAGGAGAAUGUGUAUGAAGAGGUUCAAUGAAGGCUUGUCCACAAUAUUGACGUGUAGUACUGUAUGACUGCGAGUGUGUGGGUGUGCGAGUGUGAGAGAGAGAUCAAGAAGGAGCGUGCGGGCAUUGGCACGCACACGGCUUUGUACAGUGUGUUUGUAUGGAAGUGUGAAUGACUGCGUAUGGGAAGCAUACUGUAAACACGCAGCGCUCGACUCGAGGAGUGUGCGUGCGGCUGUUGUGUGCAUGCCUGUGUGUAUACAGUAUGUGUGUGUGCAUGACUGUGUUUUAAGUGUGCGAGUGUGUGUUUCAAUAUAUGUCCACAUCAUUUUCUCUCAAAAUCCUGUACUUUUAUACCUCUGGUAGGACUGUAUCCUGUAUUAUUGUGUCUUUGAAUUUAGAAAAAUCCAAUGUUAAUCUUAUUGUACUGUUCUUCGUAGCAGAGACAACUGUUCAAAAGAUGUACAACAAACAUUAUCAAACUCUCAUUUUUUAAUUUCAUUAUCUUCAAUAUUUUUUAAAAAUGGUAUGUAAUUAUUUUUCCACAGUAUUACAUAAAUAAAAGCACUGUUUUUUUAUAGAA